AUGGAGCCGGUCCAAAUCAUUGCCGGCCUGCGGGUGACGUACCACCUGGUCCUCUUCGGCAUCGACAUUGCCCAGGUCCCCGACGGCGUCCGGUACUGCCUCGGCCUCAUCCGAACCUGCUACCAGGACGUCCAGCACCUCAUUGAGCUCCGUCAGACGUACCUGGCCCUCCUCGAGAAGCGGCCGCUCGUGCUCGAGCGCGUCAACAACAUCAUAUCCACCGCCACCGACAGUCUCCGCGAGGUGUGCGCCAUUGUCGAGAAGUGCCGCCCGGACCCGGGCAAGAGCAGGAUCUCCUUCCUCGACCGCAUGGCAUGGGUUUUGAAUGACGAGAAAACCAUCAAGGCCCAGGAGCCCAUGCUGUCACGCCAGCACGCCACCGUCCUGGCCGAGCUCAACUUUCUCCGCAACAUUGCCCUCAUGGCCCCCGUUGGCCCCGGCGAGAACAAGUCGGAGCCCAAGCCGACAAAAUUUAUCGACAAUCUGGCUCUGCUGGGAGGUCUGAUGGGGAGAUCAGACGACCACAGCUUACCGGGUCCGUCCCGGGCCGCAACGUGGAGCACAUCUACAUCUGGCCAUAUCCCGGGGGCCAACUCCAACAACAUGACGGACGGGGCUGAUGCGCCGCCUCCGCCAUACUGCCCGUCGGUCACCAGUGGUGCUCGCCCGCCUCCAGUCACCUAUCCGCCAGCUCACCGGACCACGACACAUACUCCACCCCACCAGCCUAAUAAGCCUACAUGGUCGCUGCCGCACCAGCCGGCAUCGAUGCCCCCGCAUCAGGCCGCCCGGUAUCCAACCCACCCCCAGAAGGCGACACCUUAUCCGCCCCAGAGCCAGAUGACUACCCCCUAUCCAACCCCGGCCCAGGAGACGGUCUCUUCCUCGCCCAUGCAGACCAGCACGUACUCGGCGGCCCCUCAAGUACCGGCCUACGGAUCCUCCCCGAGUCAGACCCCCACCCAGCAGGGCAUCGAUGCGACGGCCAGGGCAUCACUGCCCCUACACACCCAAGGCAGGGUACCCCCCGCGACUCCGACCCCGGCCAUCACCCGUGGAGGCACAAUCAGAUCCCGCGACGAGGGAGGCUUUCGCGCCAUCUUUGGCGACGCAGUUCUCGCCAACCCGCCCGUCAGCCGCGCCCCGUCGAUGCUCCAACCCAUGCCGACAGGCAGCUCCGCCGUCUCGGUGCUGAGCAGCACCAUGUCAACCGCCGGCUACUACGCCGCCUCGCCCGCGCAGUUCCCGACGGUCACCACGGGGGUGCCAGCCCCCGUCCUGAGCCCCAUGACGACGGGCAGCUCCAUCCUGCGCCCCCGGAGCCCAAUGACUCAGAUGAGUCCACCCGGCGGAGGGGCCGGCGCCGCCUACAUGCAGCCGUCGGGCAAGGGUACUGCCAGUGCUGGCUGGGGAAUGUACUCCCCCAUGCCCGGGCCGUUGAAUCCCGCGUUUGCCGCGACGGACCCCAAUGCCCAGGCCCACGGUCCCGCAGAGUUGCCAGGGAUGAACAUGUACGCUGAGCCCAAGUUUGGCAGUCACUUUGGCGCCGUAGAGCUCCCUGCCACAAACUUCCGCUCGGAGCCCUGUCGUCCCAGUCAUCUGGGGGCUGCCGAGCUUCCUUAA